AUGGAGAAGAGCAUCGUGCUUGGUAAAGGUGUCAGUGGGUCAGUUGGUUUGUCUCCAAACGUCAGAGUCUGUGCCAUUGAACUGCCUUCCGUGGCUGAAGUGGAUCCUUUUGGCUCCCCUGCCAGCACUCCAGGAGGCCCCACGCUGGGGAAUGGAUUGGCGGGUGAAGAAGGCCCAGCUGAGGCCUUCUUGGCACAGCAAGAGAGUGAGAUUGCGGGCAUUGAGAAUCAUGAGGCUUUAGCCAUCCUGGACAGUGGUGCCCUCGGGCUCCAGCCACAUAGUGACCUGCCAGGGAUUCAGAUGCUGUUGAUGGAAAGCAGAGUAGAAAGAGAAGCAACCAAGGAGCUAGAAAAGUGGUAUGCCAGGCAGGUUGAGCAGCUACAGAAAACAAAAGCAAACAACAGGGCCGCAGAAGAAGUCUUUGUAAAUGACAUUGAUGAGUCAUCCUCAAGCACAGAGUGGAAAUGGGUGAUCUGGCUGUGUGACUUUAACCCCAAGUCCAGCAAGCAGGCCAAAGACAUCUCCUGCAUGCGCUCAGUCCUCAUCUCCCUCAAGCAGGCCCCCCAGUGCACUGAAGAGCUGCCCUAUGGAAACACUGCAUCUGCAAUAUCUUAA